CUUUGUGCCACUGCCACUGUCGUUGGUACAUCCGCGGUUGGUCUGUCGUUUGGACGCAUCCCGCCCGGCGACUCAUCCCGCCCCAACAACAACAACACCUCCACUACCACCAAAGAGGCUGCACCAACACACCCCGUGGCCGCCCCCGCCAUGCCGGCCGCCGUGCAGACGCCUGCAAUGCCUGCCACUGCGCCGUCAUUUGGCGUCCCCAUGCCCGGCGCGCAGCCUUCACAUGUACCGCUCGCGACUCGCCCCAGCCAGAAUGCCCUCUUCCACAGGCGCAUUGCAAGGAGAAUGACGAGCAGCGACGUGCCCGCCCUGCACCUCGGCAGCCUCAGCAACUAUGCGCCCAGCGAGCUGUCCACAUCCGACGCCGACACCACACGCCUCCCGUCCGCUCGACGGCUCUCGUGGAUCAAGCGCCUCUCGGCCAUCUCCAACUCGUCGAGCCGCAACACCAGCCCGGCGCCGCUCUCCCCGCCCGUCUCGUGCUCCAAUGGCUCAAUGGCCUUCUCCCACGAUGGCCCUCUCACUCCCAUGUUCGGCAUGCGCUCGGCAUCGCCCGUGCCGCGCAACAAACUCGUCAAGCGCUCAUCUUCGAUACGCCCGUCUCACGACGAAUUGGCCCAGGCCGCUGCUCCCUCUCUACGCCCUUCACUCCGCCGCCCGGCCACCAGUCACCAACGCACCACGGCGCUGCACGCCCGCCAUAGCCGCAGCCAUAGCAACAGCAGUGCCAUGCCGCUCCCGACACCGACCGACGACUGCGCGCCGAGGGAGUGCCUGUGUUCGCCGCGCGCCGACUGCGACGCCGAGUACACGCAGUUCUUCACGACCAGGAUCACCAAGGAGCGGACGCUGACUAGGAAGCGGGGGUCCAUGACGCUGGGCAGCGGUUUCAAGAGAGUCGUGCCCGACGAGAAGCACUUGCCCGCCCUCGUGCUGGCAAAGUCUGUCCGAGCAGGCACGCCCGAACUCGACGACUCGACGAGCGACGACAGCGUCUUCUUGGUCAGUCGGCCAGAGACGCCGCUGAGCAUUCCCGUGCUGGCGGCCAGGGAGCAGCCCGACGAUGCAUCGCGACCCAAGCGCUCCUCGCUCAGUGACCUCCUCGCCCUGUCCAAGAAGCACUUGGCAGCCGGCGUCUCCAAGUCUUCUCUCCUGCGCCGAGCGACGCAGCGGGUCCGCUCAGCACCUGUUCUUGCUACCACUACCAUGAACACACGACCCCACAGUACCUCGUAUGGAGAGGCCCGCCGCCCUGUGCCUGAGUCGGCGCCUGCUGCUAGGCGCGACAUUGCCACAUCAGCUGGGCCCACCGAUGCGGCAACGGCACGCCAUGCAUCCCCAGAUGCCUCGUCGUCGGCUGCCUUGCCUGCCCCCGCUGCCCGUCGCAGGAGCGCCGGCACGCCCUCUGUCGAGGGCUUGGCGUUCAUGCCACAGGAUGUCGAGGGUCACUCAGCCGCACCAGACGCCAAUCAGGCGCCAUCAUCCCCUACCCUAGCGCAAGCGGGACUCCGGGCCUCGCGUCACUCCAUGGUCCCCUCCGAACAAGGCUCGACAUUGGUCGGCUCGUCUGAUAAUGAACUUCGCGGCUUAGGCUUCGGCGACGACGACGACGCUGACAUCCAGAGCGACACGUGCUUUGAUUCGCUGCGCACUGGCGCAACCCGAAGCACAACGGGCGCUGUCCGUGGCUCGCGGAUAGAGACGAUAUUUGACGAGUCACCCCCCUCCAAGGUCAAGGUUACCGCCCUGCGCGACCUGCUCCCGCCAGGCUUGUUUGGAGACGACGCCGCCCAUGGUGCUGCUGGCCACCACAGUAUCGCCGAGGAAGAAGAAAGCAGCCCAACACCAGUCCGGGCCAUGCGACCCGACCGUUCGCUGCACGAAUCCCCCAGCUUUGCCCGGACACGCAGCGCUCCGCUCUUCCCCAACGCCGUCUCGUCGUCUUCCCCGAGCAUGCCCAAGCCGCUGUCGCUGGGUACCUUGGCGUGGGACUGCAGGCCCGAGACCGACGACGAUAGCAUCACUCAUACAUUCUCCACCUUGUCGCUGCUACCCCAGGGCGCCCGUCGUCUGGCGUCUGGCGCUUCCUCCAAGCCCACGACGCCACACCAUCUCACAUCAGAGUUUGGUGACCGAGACACUCGCAGCAGCAUCUUCGAUUGGUCCGAGCAGCAGGUGGCCGACAAGACGUCAGGCGACCGCACGCCGCCGCGGCCUCGGACAGUGCACGGCAAAAAGGACGCAGACCGCAGAGGCAGUCGUUCGGUUGGCCGGCGCAUACCCAGCGGGUUACACGCACGCAGCCAGAGUGUCCCCGUCGUCCCAGACCUCCUUGGUAAGCGUAACACGGUCGUCACCAACAAGUUUGGCACCUGGGGGAUUGGAAGCAAGGGUGUCACGGAAGACUGGAACGACGACUUUGACUUUACCGAGCUUCACGAGGAUCCGCUGGAAGAGGGCGACGCUUCUCCUAGGGUCGACAGCGGCACAUCCAUGGUGGUACCAAAAAGCAUACAAGAACAGCAGAACAAUGUUUUGGCCAACAUUGGCCUGCUUCGCGAGUGGGGGCUGUUGAUUGAAGAGCUCAAAGAGCACCGCGUACGCGCUGCGGCGCUUGGUAUAUUGGACGGGGCGCACGCUAGCAUGUGGGAAGAGGUGGAUGCGAUGAUAGAUCUGGCCGAUCAAGAAGCUGACCACCAGGGCUUUGCUCAUCCGUCGCCGCCCUCAUCCCCAGACUUUGACGAGGGUGCCUUUGAGGACCCGUCGGCGAGCCCCAGCCACGGCAGGGGAAGGCGCAAAUCAGAAAGCCCAGACCAAGGCGAGAGAAAAAGCCCCAUGCCAUCACCACACCCGCGUGCCGGCUCGAUCAAUUGUUUGCCUGUACUAAUUUCGCCAUUGCCGACUUAUCGUGUCAGGCCGAGAACUGGACAUGAAGCGGCACGGUAUUUUGCGACUUUAUUUUGCAUAAUUUGCAGCAUAUGCACAGCCAGGAUUCACACGGAGAAAGAAGAGGCACAUGCCACGAAGAGCAACCACCGAGUAUGCUCGCUUUUGUUUUGUUUAAUCGAGAACCAUGGCGCAUAAGGGACAUGGUAUUUCCUUUGGGUCGCUGAGCAUACAAUAAUCUCUGGGUAGGAAAGGCAAGCCGUGCAGCUUGCGGAGCCGCUUUCCUCCGGGAUUUGCAUCGUGUAUAAAAGCGGAAAUGGGGUGGUUUUUCCUUUGUUUUUUCAUUGCAGCGUUCUCGAUCUUUGGCAUCUUGAACCACAUGAAGGGUUGUCGACAACCAUGGCAUUGAUACAUGACAGCUACAAUCAAGCGCGUCGGCCGAGACGCGAAUACACGGC